AUGGAAUAUGUUGCAGCCUAUGCUAUGUUUGAUAAGGUAGGAAAGGAACUCAAUGAAAAGUCUAUAACAGAACUUUUCAAUGCAAUAGGUGCAGAGAUUGAGCCUGAGACCAUGCGCUUGUUUCUAUCUAAGGUUUCCAACAAAAGUAUGGAGGAAAUAAUGCUAAAGGGAAAGGAGCUUAUGGCAUCGCUUGCAAUUUCAUCGGCCCGAGAGUCUGCACCCACUCAGACUGCGGAUGCAUCGGCGCCAUCGCAGACCACUGAAAACAAAGAAGAAAAGGAAGAGGAAGAGGAUUUCGACAUCUUUGCUGCAUUUUAA